AUGGGACCACGUCAACCCCACCCAUACCAUUACCCCCUCUCACCCCUACAAACUCCUCCAGGCACGGCAAUCCACCCUACUUACUACCAGCAAACGCCCCAGGCUCCCGCCCACUAUCUACCCCCCAGAACCUUACAUAAUUACACAUCCCCCAGAAGCGAAUAUGGUAGUCAGUACGCAUCUUCAACAAAUGGUCACCUACAGCCGCGUCGCCCAUCCUUUGCCCAACGAUAUCAAGCAGGAGGAGGCGUCAUGAAUACACCAGAGCACUCACAACCACUCCGCCGACUUAGCUCGCAAGGGUAUCCCCAUACUUACCCUAUGUCCAGCGCAGGCUCAGUGUACGGGUAUGAGGAUCCUGUGGACGACAACCCUAUCUACUCUGGUCAAAGUGCCUCCGGCACACUCUCCCCUUCCGCUGCUUAUGACGCGGACCCUCAUGGCAAUAUUUACGGACUAAUCCAGAGGACCCAAGGCGCCCUGCAGUCACUCACUAUGCCAAUCCAUAGUCUGCAGCACCUGUGUGAUCGGCAUAGGGUUGUCAAUGAUGAGCUGGAGAAGUUCCAGCAUAUUGCUGACGAGCAGGAAAAAGAUAUGCGGGAACUAGAAGCGAAAAAGGUUGAAUUGGAGGCUGUAAAACUGGAUCUGGAACAAAAUUUGGAUAUGAGCGCUGCGGAGCUUGAUGAGUUGAAGAGGCAGCUUUCCAACCUAGAGGCCGAGGUACGAAGAUUAUCGGAGACAGUGGAGGAUAAGGAUGAGGAAAAAUCACGUUUAGAGCAACGACUUUCUCUUGAGAAAGAAGCGUUGACGGUGGAAUACAAGAAUUGGAAGCGGGAUAUACUCGAAGCUCAUGAAGUGGACAGGCAUUCCAUCACCACAGCUCACGAUGCCGAAAAGAGAAUCAUGGAGGCCAAAUUCCUCUCCAAACAACGCUCCAUCGAAGCAUCUCAUUCCGCCGAUAAAAUCCGGAUGGAGGAGAUGCAUUUGGCUAGCUCCAAGAAGCUUGAGGAAGCCCAUGCGAACGAAAUUCGGCGAUUAAAGGAUAGUCACAAGGGUGAACUGGCCAUGGCUCAGCAAACCCACGAAUCUACCGUUAGCAGUCUAGAGAAAUCCCAUCACGACAACACUGAACGGUUGCGAACUGAAUUCUCCGCCGAGAAGAGCAGUAUGCAAGCGGUCUUUGGUUCGGAAAGGGAGAAGCUGGAGGAAGGCUUUGCACACCAAAUGGUUUUGCUUCAAGGUUCCUUCACCGCCGAGAAGAAUUCAAUGGAAACAGAAUUCGCUUCGCAAAAGCGAAAAAUCGAGGAAAGAUUUUCUUCGCAGAAACGCACCCUAGAGCUCCGAUUUGAUAUGAAGAUUGAGGACCUUCGUCAAAUUUUUGAAGCCGAAAAAUCAGAAUUGCAAAAGGCCCUCGAAUCGGCAAAGAUGGAAUGGCGGAAGGAGAAAAGGGAAAUAACUGCAAAAUUUAACGAUGAGAAAACAGGAUUGGAUCAAAUGAUCCACACUCUAGAGGAAAAAAAACGCACUGCGGCGAAAGUUAAUCUAUCGCUGAGCGCUGAUAGAUCUGCACUCCUUGGUCAGAAAGCGACUCUCGAAGAUGCUGUGGCAACCUUAGAAGUUGACAAGGCGUCACUAAUAUCCCAGGCACAGCAUCAGAAGUCGGAGUUGGAGGCGCAAAAACAGAAGCUAGAGGCUGAAGUAAAGGAUCUGGGGAAUGUGCGUGACGCCUUAAGAAGGGAAGUUAGAUCGCUUAAGGAGGUAAUUAAACGUACCGCGGAGGAAGAAGAAGGGGAAGACAGGAAGGGUCGGGGUGAUGGGUAUUACAUCGACGCUUUCACCAAGCUGUCUAAGGACAUUAUUGAUCUCUCGAAGGAAUUUUCGAACCUGCCCAUACCCCCCACUGGAAGAAUUCUCGCGGAACUUCCAUCUGGGCUACCAUGUAUGCUUGUGAACACCGAUGCCUCUCGCCUCAUUCGCAUGGCGUAUGUCCAACAUAUUAUCUCCAAAUAUCUCUGUUACAGGAUCUUCCAGCCAUUCCUAUUCUAUCUAGGAAAACGGUAUGACAAAGCGGACAACUUUUUCCAGAUUAUGUCAAAGCAGCUUCGGGAAAAGUCUACCCGGAGGGAAGCGACCUGGCGUUACUAUACUCUUCUCGUUGGGUACUCGGGAUCGAAUGCUAAGAGGACGGCCGGUGUGGCUGCGGCCAAUGUGAUCGAGGAGAUUGCCGAGCACGUCAAACCUUUCGCGGAUCAGCAGAGAAUGGACGUGAUUACAUCCGGUAUUUCGAGGAUCGUGAAAUUUGCGGUUGAGACUUGGCGGCACGCCCGCAUUGAGCGCGAAAUCUUUACCGCCUCAAUGUCUUUAGAUAGGACAAACCAGAAUUCAUGGCUUGGGCACUUCUACGAGAAUGAAAAGCCAUACGCAGACAACCCGGCCCUUGUCGCCCAACUCAAAUCUCUUAGGUGCCGGCACGAGAUCAUCCUUCCAUUGCUCCCGGUCUUUUCCCGCGAAGGAACAUUACCCUCGUUACAUCGUCCGGGAGCCUUCCUAGAUAAUGGCUUAGUUUUCUCAAAAGGCGUUGCUCUAUACAUGGAUUGCCUGCCAGCCCUUCAGCGAAGUGUCGAGACAAGCCCUUUGGGCUCUGUACCCGCGCUUCCUAUUGAUGCGGAACUCGUCACGACACAGGAAAAUAGCAGACUCUCACCCGUCCCGGAAGGUGAGGAUGGAUAUAAGGCUACGGCUACUGGUAAGGAGGUUAAGGAGAGGCCCCUGAAGGAACAGGCGGAUGUUCGCGCAAAAGAGGAAGCUAAGAGACAGGUGAAAGAGGAGGCCGAGGCAAUGGUGAGGAGAGAAGAGGAAAGGGUUGUUAGGGAAGAAGCUGAACGGCUGGUAGCCCAAAACGCUGAGCGAGAGGUUAGGGAGGCAGCCGAUAAGGCAGCCGCCGAAGAAACCACGCGCACGGCUGCCGACCUCGCAGAAACAGAGGCCGCCGACAAGCUUUCAAGAGAGGAAAAUGCGGCGGAUCUCAUCGCGCCCGAGGAGGAAUUACCCCAACUUGUCCUGGAAGCUGGCGAAAAGAAUCAAGAGUCCCAAGAGCUUGAGAGCCCCGAUUACAAACAUCAAGCUGACGUUGAAACCACUUCUCCUAAUGAGAAGACACCUACUGAGGCUGCUCUUGCAGAUAACGAGGCAUGGGGGGGAGAUGAGGAGACUGAUAUUGAGAGGGUAAUUCAACAGGCCCUAAUAAAUACCCAAACAGCAGAAGACGAAUCACUCAGCGUGGUCGACCCAAACUCCGUCGAUAGUUUCGUUGCGUCCCCAGAGCCGGAUGUCGUCUCUCCAGAUCAAGGCAUUGCCGCUCCCUCAACUACGAGUGAAACAGAGGGAACCGACGACACCGCUGAGACAGCUCUUGAGCAACAACCCGAUGUUAGUGCGCUUAGUAACACCGCCCACCCCGUUAGCCUUCCUCGGACAGCUCCGGCUCCCGAAGGCCGUGGACUGGCAACCGAAGAUAAUAUCGAGGGAGCCAAAGAAAUGCCAACAGAAACAGACGACCUUAUGAUCGCCGAUGAUGAAAACCGGGCUGUUACACAGGGGGGCCCAACUGAGGAUCUACAAAACGCUGUGGAAGGUGAAGCUGUCGCUCUUCCUGCCGCCAAACUGGAGCCAGCUCCACUGGCUUUCAAACCAGAGGGUGAGAGCCUCCCCGACACAAUUACUGCUGAGACCCCCCAGAGAGCGUCAACGGAUGUGCCUGUCCCUGAACUCUCUAACAAAAAAAACGGAAACAACAAAGAGGAGAACCCCGCCGAGGCUGUUGGUGAGGGCCUCGAGGAGCGAUCCAGCGAGCCGCUCGUAGAUAACCCAAAUAUUCCAUCAACCAACACCCCGAUUGAGGUGGACCCCAAGAAUCCAAUUUCCUUUCCAGAGGGCCCGGAUGCCGCCUCCGUAUCAGCUGCAGAUAUGAUAGCUGAUAGGGAUACAUCCACAUCGACCGCUGCAGGGCUGGUGAUCAACGACGCACUUAACGGCUCCACUCUCGAAAUCCCAAACUUCGAAGGAGCUCCAAUUGAACAUCCCGCCCUCUAUGACAUUCCGAUCGGUGAAUCCAAGGCGGGGGCUCCCUCUACCAAGGUGCCCAUAGCUCAAGACCCCCUAGCGAUUGAGAUGGAAGCCGUGGAGCCAGCGAUUGAAGAACCAAAAAUCGAAAAUUCAAUGAUCGAGGAGUUCGCUGCCGCCGAAGUCUCUAAAGUAAAGGGAUCGCCCCUCAAUGAGCUGGGGGCCACCAGGGAUACCGAAGUGGAUCCAAAGUUUGCUAAACUAGUCCCUCAGAUUAUGGAGUCAAAGGGGGAGGCGCUAGGCACUGAGCUUGAAGAUUCUAAGACUGGGCAGUCAAUCGCUGCUGUCGAGGAGCUUAAGGCCGAGGAGCCAGCCUUCGUGGAGUCAAGGACCGAAGACCCAACUGCUGAGGAGCCAAAUGCCAAAGAGUCGACCACCAAGGAGCUAGUAGCUAGGGAUGAACUAGGGGUUGCAGUCCAAGAAUCAGAAACUAUCAUCGUGGACCCAAAAUCCGAGGUCACAGAACUAAACGAAAGAGCUGAUCAGCCGAAGGCUCUGGAGCCAUCACCUGAGGCCGAAGAGCGCAAGCUUCAGGGCGAUGACCCGAUGCCCGACACGGGCAAUAUCAAGUCCGAGGAUGGCGAAGCAAUGCCAAAGCCUGUCAGCGCUAUUAUCGGGAUGUCAAGAAUGGGCCUCAGUAAGCCCUCGCUGUCUGGUAGCAAAACUAGGGGGGCCUCUCCUGGAAAUAUGCUUUUUAGCAACCUUCGCCACUCUGCUAGCAUGAGCGAGAAGCGCGACUCCCCAUCGAUUACCGCCGAUGAAGCCAAAGUUGGGGAAACACUGGCUGAAUGCUCCAGGCCUAAUACCCCAGAAUCAAUGCCCCCCACCCCGACCAGCCCAUCACCUAAGACGGGAGGACGGUCCUCACACACUGAGCCCGCUCAUAGGGCAACCAACAAACCGAAAAAGAAGAAGGGGAAAAAGGGCAGGUAAAUGGCAGAUCCCCAGGCUAGACAAUUCGAAUAAGUAACGCUUGUACCCUCAUUAAUUAUUCAAUCUCCUCUCCCUCCCCAAUUUUUAUUUUAUUUAUGGUGGAGGUUAUUUCUCGGUUCCAUUUUAUCUCUUCUGAUUAUGUUGCUCUCACUUAUGGGUUAACUUUGGCGCGGGAACGGUUCCUAUUGUUAUCACGGGUUCACUAUUCUUCCUCUUUCGUUCUCACAAAUCUUGCCUUGAGUUUUCGGGUUUUCUGUUUUCUUGGCUACUGUAUUUAUUUAGUAUGAUAACCUAUGAUACCGGUAUGAUAUCUAGCUGUUUUUGUUUGUUAGGGUUCGUGCAUGCAAGGUUUCAUCAUGU